AUGUCCAAUUUUGAAUUCACAUUAUUAUUAAUAGCCGCGGUGUUGGUUAAAGGCGUUUGUGUUUCUGCUAGAGCCGCGGUGUUGGUUAACGGGUCUCCGACUUUCGAUUUCAGGUGUGAAAAAGGUCUCCGACAAGGAGAUCCUUUGUCUCCUUUUCUUUUCCUAAUCGUGAUGGAAGCUCUGUCGUGGUUGUUGAAAAAAGCUCAACAGAUUGGUAUUUUUAAAGGGGUGUGCAUCACGAGUAAUGAAGCUGAGUUGUCCCAUUUGUUUUUUGCUGACGACACCCUCAUUAUGGGUGAAUGGACUCGUGAUAAUAUUCAGAGCAUCGCUAGAGUUCUUCGUAUUUUCUAUCUUUGCUCGGGUCUCCGUAUAAACCUACAUAAGUCUAAUAUCUUUGGAGUGGGCGUGGAGGAUAGGGAGGUGGACAAUAUGAUGGAGCUCUUGGGGUGCAAAAGAGGUGGUUUUCCCUUCAACUAUCUCGGCAUUCAAGUUGGUGCCAAGAUGUCUCAGGUUAGUAACUAA